AUGGUCACGAUCGGCUUCUACGCGCUCUGGUCCAACGGCGUGAGCUACAACUCCUCCGUAUCAACCAUCAUCUGCACGACGCAAAAUCCUGACAUCAAACAAAUCAUCGCCGACCGCACGCUCGGCUCGCAGCCCCUGGCAGAGGAUAUCGCGAAAACAAAACUGCGCUUCGGUAUCGUGCAGCAGCAUUCCGGCACAGACUCCACCCCCGAUGGAUCAGGCGGACGCAUUGGCUUUGGCGUUGAGGGGACUGUGACGCCUUUGCCGCGGAAACGGUAG